UUCCAUUUCCAAGAAUUCCUUGAAGGACUCCCUGCUGCAGCUAGAAUGUCAUUUUACAUGGACUUUGCUGAAGCAGGAUGUGGAUCUUGAUGACCUAGAGGAAAGGAUAUGCGAUCAGACAGAGUUUUUCACAAAAAACAACAUCACAAAUUAUAAUCUACUAUCCUAUGUAUGCCACCUAAAAAAUUCAAAUGAGGAAGCCCUGAGAAAUCUCCAAAAAGCUGAAGAAGUUGCUCAAAAAAAUUAUCCAGAUGAAAUUGCCAGGAGGAAUCUUGUUACUUGGGGGAACUAUGCCUGGAUAUAUUACCACAUGGGGAGAUACAAAGAAGCUCAAACUUAUAUAAGUAAAGUAGAAAACAGCUGCAAAAAUCUUUCAAUUACUGCUCAACAGAAGAUUCAGCUUCCAGAGAUCUAUGCUGAGCAAGGAUGGGCAUUAUUAAAGUUUGGGGCAAAAUACUACCAGAAAGCAAGGGAUUGCUUUGAAAAAGCUCUGAAGAGUGAACCCAAUAACCCAGAAUUUAAUGCCGGCUAUGCAAUAGCAAUGUAUCGUUUGGAUGAUAGUUUUCACAGAGAAUGCAAAGAUGUAAGCCUGUCCCUUGAGCCCCUGAAGCAUGCAGCGAAACUGAAUCCAAAGGAUACUUGCAUUAUGGCAUUACUUGCAUUAAAAUUUCAGGACUUAAAGCAAGUUGAUGAAGGGGAGAGGUACAUUGAAGAAGCAAUGCAGAAAACCCCUGAUCUUCCUUAUCUCCUGCGAUAUGCUGCUAAAUUUUACAGAAGGAAAGGAGAAGCGGACAAGGCACUGGAGAUUUUGAAAAAGGCUCUAGCAGUGACACCAAAAUCUGCUUUUUUGCAUCACCAAGUAGGACUCUGCUACAAAACAAAGCUGUUUCAGUUGAAAAAGGCUACAAGAUAUCCACCUCAAAGGCAAGUGGAGGAACUCACCCGACUUUCCAUUUUUCAUUUUAAAACAGCAAGUGACCAAAACCCCAAAUUUUUUUUUGCCCAUAUUGAUCUAGCAAACAUGUAUGCAGUAGCAAAGAGGUAUGAAGAAGCAGAAGAGACAUUUCAGAAAGCGUUUCAGAUAAAUAUUCUAUCUCAUACUGAUAAACAAGACUUCUACUACCAUUAUGGCAAUUUUCAGCAUUUUCAUAUGAAAUCAGAAUCUGAAGCCAUUAGAUAUUACAUAGAAGGGCUAAAAAUUGAAACAGAUUCUUAUAUGAGGAAUAAGUGCAGAAAUGUUCUGAAGAAAUUGUUGGAACAGAGAAUUCAGCAAGGUUUAGGAGAUGCAGCAGAUUUUGGUACACUGGGACUCGUUCAUAAUCUAAGCAGUGAGAAACAUGAAGCAAUUGAGUGCUAUGAGAAAGCCAUUGCAUUACAUCCUGACAAUGAAGAAUAUCUGAGUGCAUUAUGUGAGCUACGACUUUCCAUCUCAAGCUAA